CCAAAAAAAAAAAAAAACGUACAAAAAAAAACCACUUAUCAUCUCUUCUAAUUAAUAACAAAUUUUAAAAAAAAUGGCAAUUCAUCAAUCAACAUCUUUAAUGGCACCAAUAUCAUCCCCUGCAGUGAUGAUAGCUCCUCAAAGGUCACCAUGGCACUCACCAGUUCCUUACCUGUUUGGUGCUCUUGCUGCCAUGAUGGCUCUCAUUGCUUUUGCUCUUUUGAUUCUCGCUUGUUCUUAUUGGAAGCUAUCUCGUAAUUUACGAAAUGAGGCUGCAGAUGGUGAUCAAAGAGACCUUGAGGUUGGAUCAUCCCAAGACGUUAAGCCUAGUGAUAAUACCAAGAUUAAUCAAUCGGUUUUUGAAGAGAAUUAUCUCGUGAUCAUGGCUGGCCAACACAAACCGACGUUUUUGGCCACGCCAGCCAGUUCUAGUAGAACGUCGUCUUUUGGUGGUAGUAGCUUUCGCAGUAGUUCAAUGACGUCUGAGGACAAUUCCCAAAUGGAGAAAGAUGAAAGUAGUAAUCGGUUACAAACAAGUACCUUGGUAUCCGCAGACCACGAACAGAUAUCUUAAUUCCUUUUUUAAUUUUUUUUUUUUUUUUUUAACUUUGAGUUGAAUUUUUGUAAGAAUCGUCAUGAUCAGUUGAGGUUUUGAGUGGUGGUGUUUGUAGUCUUGUAGCUGAUCAUAAGGCAUUCUUAAUUUUAUGUUUGCCGUUUUCCUUUGAUCAUAUAAGGUGCAUCAAGU